GAGAGCGAUGUCGCGCGGGAAUCACGCUGAAACGAAGAAAUAAACUGACUUCAUCAUUGCAGUCCUGCAUCUACUUCCAGUACUGUAAAUGGCACCCACUAUAGUACCAGGACGAGAGCAAGGCACAAAGUGGAGAAGGUUCGGUUCUGGGAGAGUCAGUAGAGGGAGUCCUGUGAAAAGUAAACGUGUAACUCGAAGCCAGGUUAAUAAAAAGGUUGGCAGUCACACAACACUCCGUUACACGCCAAGAUUGCCCAAGAAGUACUACAACUUGCGGCCAAGAAAAUCUACGCAAGAGCUCGGCCAUUAUACAAGUCCUUCAAACAUGGGUUUGUUACGAGACCAACUGGAGCAGUAUUUGGCCAGAAUGGAGGAUGAGCUUGACAAGACUAUCAACUUCUGGCUUGAAAAGUCUGGUGAUAAACGAAACGGCGGUUAUUAUGUAUGUCUCGCUAGAGAUGGCAAAGUUUACGAUGACUCUAAGUACGGCUGGCUUGAAGGCAGACAGGUAUGGAUGUACUCUAAACUUUACAACGAGUCUUGGAAAUACGGCAAGGUGAAGAUCCUUAAAGCUGCACUAUCAGGUGGCGAGUUUUUGUUAAAUCAUAUUAAAAAUCCUGAAGAUGGGAGAUGUUACUUUCAAGUCACAGCUGAAGGGAAGCCAAUUAAGAUUCAGAGGACAAUCUUCACUGAGUGUUUCUAUGCGAUAGCAAUGGCUGAACUGUAUCGAGCAAGUAACCUUAUUAAGUAUAAGGAGGAAGCUGUACGGAUGCUGUCCCUAGUAACACAUUGGGCACGAAUUGAUGACACGCAGCUUGGCCGACCCAAGUUGUCGGGCCAGGAGGCAGCAAAUCCCCUGGCUGUACCAAUGAUGUUGUUGUAUGUGAUCGACGAGGUUUGCCGCGAAGACGACGAGCUCCGUCAGGCGUACACUGAAGAUGAAGAGUGGGCCGUGCAGCAGAUUUUAAAGCACUUACAGAGAAAGGGUAGAGUGGUAUUAGAAAAAGUCACAGAAGAAGGAAAAGAGAUAUCUGGUGCAGAAGGUCGACUCAUCAAUCCAGGACACGCCAUUGAGGCUGGAUGGUUUCUCCUGCAGUAUGCUACACGUACACAAAACGACGAACUGGCAAGAAUUGCCAUCGACAAGUUUAUAGUUCAGUCAUUUGACACAGGAUGGGAUGACAUGUACGGCGGGAUUCUUUAUUACUUGGAUGCAAGUGGCUUCUCGCCAACACAGCUGGAGUGGAACAUGAAACUUUGGUGGCCUCAUGCGGAGGCACUCAUUGCACUCCUCAUGGCUUACAAGGAGACUAGAGAGGAACGCUUUAUGGAGAAGUUCGAUCUCGUAUUCCAGUACACAUUCUCGCAUUUUUCAGAUUCACAAUACGGUGAGUGGUUUGGAUAUCUCAAUCAGAAAGGAGAUGUGACACACACCUUCAAAGGAGGACCGUUUAAAGGCUGUUUUCACGUUCCUCGUUGCUUGCACAUGUGUAUCAAGAUGUUGAAGGAAUUGCUUGAAGAGAAAACACUACCGAACAGUCUACCAAACGGUCUAGCAAAUGGCAACGGUGUUGUUUAGGUCAUGAAACAGAAUGGACACAUCAAACUAUAGGAUAAUAUAUGAAGUGCUCAAGAUUAAGUAUUUUAUUCUUCUGGGUUGUCUAAUGUUUAAGAGAAGGUGACAUCUUCAUUCAGUGUAAAAUCAAAUUGCAUGUUUGGAGCCACUCAUUAAACCUUCAUUGUUACUGGUGGCACAUUCAGAGAUUUGUACACUCUCAUUCAGUAAUCUUUCAUCAGAGAGGUCAGUUUUGCAACAUUCAAAAUUCUCCUCAGUAUGGUAGCAAUUGAGAUCUCAAUUACAACACAAUGUAAAGAAUAUUUCACUAACAGUAUGUAGAACUUGUAAUAUUAAGGCUGCCAUUUACUGUAUAAGUUCUAGAGCAUCCAUGAUUCUCCCAUUGCCUUAGUCCAAACUAUCACUUAUUAUAAUCCCUUAUCUGUCGGAAAAACUACAUGGUGGGCUAUGGCAAAGAAGUUGGUGUAUAUCAUACAUGUACACUGGUUGAGAUUUUUUAAAUAAUAAAA